AUGAGAUACCGACCUAGCGUUGCACAGAUUAUGGCAUCUUGCAACGUCUGCCAAAAGUCCUUCAAGUCUAAACAAGCUCUCCAUCAACAUAAUGAAGACUCCCCCGCCCACAGACCCAUCCGCUGCGAACCCUGCAACAAACCUUUCCAGAACCUAGAAGCCCUCGCGCAGCACAACCGCGACUCCCCAGCCCACAAGAACAACUACACUUGCCAGCCUUGCAACACCCCAUUCCCAAGCUCAGCAGCCCUCGCCAAACACGUAAAGGACUCGCCCAACCACACCACUACCGUCUCGGCCCCUCGCCCUAAACCCACCACCACACCCCCGGCCGGCCCCCACCGGCACACCACCACCACCACCACCACCAACAGCGCCGCCCCCCCAACCCACCACCACCCCUGCAAGACGUGCGGCCGCACCUUCCUCACCGCCUCCGCCCUGUCCCAGCACACCCGCGACGCGCCGAAGAACCACGCCGCCGCCGCCGCCGCCACGCAGCACCCCUGCCCAUCCUGCCCCGGGCGCUCCUUCGGCAGCGCGUCCGCCCUCGCCCAGCACGUCCGCGACGCGCCCUCGCACCACCACGCCGCCAACGGCGCCUCGCCCCCACCGCUCCAGCGACGCAGAGACACGCCGCUCGACCUCUUCUUCCGAUCCUACCCGUCCUUCCGCUACGACCCCGCCCAGUCCCCGUCUGCCUCGUUCGCCGACCUGCGCGCGCACAUGGGGUGGCACCGGCGGCGGAGGCGAAACGGCCAAGGCUACGAGGAAGAAGAUCCUGCGGCUGACGAAGCGCGCGAGCGGUACGUCACGGCGCUGCGGCGCGAGCUGGAGGUGUGGUUCGGCGGCGAGGACGACCUGGCCAACUGGCAGGCGUUGUGCCGGGCCGUGGGCGCCGUCGUGCCGGCGGCGUCCAAGGGCGAGGCGGCGGCGACGGAGAAGGGAUGCGAGCGCGCGCUGCGUGGCACGCACGUCAACCUCGUGGACCUGCUGGCGUGGGCGCGCGAGGACGAGGGCGUGAGGAGGAGGGGUGGUGAUGAUGACGGGCGGCGGACCGUGAAGGUGUUCGGGAGCGUGGGGGCGCUGGCGGAGUAUUGCAAGAAGACGGGGAAGUGGUUCCCGCUGGAGGACGUGGAGAAGGCUGGAGAGCAGGGAGAUGGGAACGUCGUGAUCAGACAUUUGUUGAGGAGGUUUACGGUGAAAAGGUUGCGCUAA